AUGAGUUUAGCGCUGGUCGAUGUACUGGCUGAUAGUACGAUUAAUAGUUCUUUAGAAGAACUUGAUUCACACUCAAGGGAUAUACAGAGCCAGUAUCAGGGGGGGAUGGCGGUUGGGCCGUUUGGGGUGCUGAAUCUCAGCUUGAAGCCGGACUCGCCCAUGUCUGUUCCUGCGUCUACUGCGCCCCCGCCGUAUAUGCAGGUAAUGGAUCCUGAUGCUCAAAUGCAAAUGGAGGACCAGAGCGCCCUUACGGACCUGCUCAGUGACCCCGUUGAUAUGUCGCCUGGGCUUGACUUCCUCGGUGACCAGGGAUAUCUCGAAUGGGCGGAUAUAUUCGAUUUAGAUUCGCCGCCUCUGGAACUGCCUGUAGCCACGGGAGAGCAGGAGUUUGGGAUGGAUUUAAUAUUCUGUCCGCCGGAGCAGCUUCUGUCACAGCAGAUUGCUUCCAUUGACCUACUAUCUGAAGCGCCGAUGUUGUUGCGCCAUUUCAAGGACCAUCUCAUUCCCCAGAUCAUCUGGCUACCGACGACCAAAAAGUCGUUGUGGACGAUCAUGUUUCUCCCAACGACAUCGUAUACCCUGUCUGAAUUGACAUAUCUCAGGCAAGGAACUAUCCAGCAAGCCAGGCUGGCGAAUCUAUAUGCAAUCCUUGCUUGCUCGGCAUAUCACCUUUCGGUAAAUCCACGAUUCACAACGGCCUAUUCUGUCGAGCAGUGGCAAACCCUAGCCUCCACGACAUAUUCCACUGCUCAGAAGGCUCUUCGUCUGACACUGGAGCUGGAAUUCCAGGGCCCAGGCAAGGCCAAGUAUAAAGACCAGCUCAUGGCCUUGUUGAGCAUGACAACCUUUGCCAUACUCUGCGAGAAACAAACCGACACGCGAUCUCUCUUCCUGGCAACCGAAUCACUCAUCCGCCUGCGCGGGCUCGUCAAGCCCUACAUCUCCCGCCGUGCCCGCCUCCUCCACCACAUGUACACCUGGAUACGCAUCCUGACAGAAAGUACUUUCCUCCUCCACGACGCAAUCGCCCAGCCUCCACCAGUAGCAACACUGCAAGCCUCAUCAUCCUACACCAACCCCAUAACUCCAUCCACCCAAGUAGACACCUUCCUCCGCAUCGAACCCACCAAAUCCCGCAACGACAACGACCUCAACAUCGACGAGCUGAAAGACGCCAAGGCUGGGCUCGACGAUAUCCACCUCGAGGACUCACGCACCUUCAGCGGCGCCAUGCACAUGCAGAUAAACGGGGUCUCGGAGACCUGGCUCAGCCUGCUGUCCCAGACGAUGAGGCUCGCGAAUGUCCUUGAUAGGGUGCAUGCGGGCCAGCAGGUCCAGCAUGAAGCACUAGUUGGGCUGCAGAAACGCGCGGCGCACCUGGAGGACAUGGUUUGUUCGUUUACGUCGAGAGGACAGGCACUGAAUAAUAAUAAUAUUUCCCUAAAUAUCCACCACAGACUACAGCAACCAAUGGUCCGCGCCCUGAACUCCGCGCUGGUACUGUACUUCUACAGACGAAUCCGUUCCGUAAACCCGUGUAUCCUGCAGGGAUACGUUACGCAGAUCAUAGACGCCAUUCGCGACUUUGAAUCCGCACUGGCACAUCAUGGGCUCGAGGGCCCAGGAACCGGGUGGCCGGCCUUCAUGGCGGGUUGCGAGGCGAUUGGAGCUGAGAGACGCGAGUUCUUGCUACACUGGAUGGAGAGGGCUGGGGCGAAGUGUGGGAUGCCUGCUUAUGCGCGCGCGAGGGAGAUUAUGGUUGAGGUUUGGCGGAGGAGGGAUUCUGGUUUGAGUAGAGGGGGUGGGAGUGGGAGUAGUUCGAGGGCAAAGCGCCAGACGAGAAGCCAGAGUGAAGCCGGGGGACCAAUGUCUGCGAGUUGGAUGGAGAUAUCGAAGGAGGAGGGAUGGUGGUUGCUCCUUGCUUAG